AUGAAGUUCACUGGAGCCGCUGCCUUCGCCCUCACCGUGGCUGUUGCCAUGGGCGCCAAGCUGUCCUCCUCCGCUGCUCUUGGAGAUGCCAAGAGCCAGUGCAGCACUGGGGACAUCUCCUGCUGCAACUCUCACGAGGAGAUCAGCGGCGAUGGCAUUCUGGGCAACCUCUUGGCUGGAGGUCUCUUGAACGGCCUUCUCGGCAAUUCCAACUCUGCCUGUGCUAAGACCAGCCUUAUCGAUGAUUUGGGUAUUCUCUCCCUGAUCAAAAACACCGAGUCCGGGCCCACCUGCAAGGCCAUCAUUGCCUGCUGCCCCGAGGGAACCACCACCUGCGUUGCCAUCGACAACUCUGGAAAAUAG